UGACCCUCCCACAACACUCUCCAUCAUUUCAAACUCUUUCAUAUCAUCUUACCAUUCUUGAAACAGCCUCAUCCUCUACUUGCAUAUUCCAACCAUAUUUCACCCUUCCUUGUUAACACUUUAGCAUAACUUCAUUCAAAAUUGAAAACUUUUUCAAACAUCAAGGAUUAUUACACCAUGUCCCUAGCAGGACUUAUUAUAGACCAAGAAUCUAUGAAUCACAACAAGAAAUCAUUCCACAGAAGAAAUGAUUCCGGUGAGCUCGACGUGUUCGAAGCGUCAAGAUACUUUUCAGGGUACAAUGAAGUUAUUGGAUACACUAAUAACUCUACUUGCACACAGAAAGUGAUAAGAGAAGAAAGGAAUGGACACAGAGGAAGAAUAAGCUUGGACAUGCCAAUGAGAACCUUACUUCCGCAACAAUUCAAGGGAGUCGAUCAGAAACAAAUAAAAGACGAGAAACAUAGCAAACAACCUAGCUCACCGGGCGGUAGACUCGCGAGUUUCUUGAAUUCUCUCUUCAAUCAAUCAACAUCAAAGAAGAAGAAAUCAAAAUCAAGUUCGCAAUCCAUGAAAGACGAAGACGAGAGUCCUGGUGGAAGAAGAAUGCGAAGAAGCAGCAUUAGCCAUUUCAGAAGCUCGAGUACCGCAGAUUCAAAAUCCAUGUACUCUUCUUUGAGUUCAGGUUUUAGAACUCCUCCUUAUGUAAACACUCCAACAAAGGGAUGCAAGGAAUUCAAAACGUUAUCGGAACAAAACCAUUCGGUGAAAACGAACUUGAACGUUCAUGUAAAACCAUCAUCAACCACUUUGCAAAAUGAGUUGGGUUGGGAUGAUAAGAAAAGGAGAAACUCAAGUUUGUUGGGUGAUAACUACAAACAGUUGGUGGACAAAAGAGAAAUAAGGAAAUUCAAUGAGGUUGAUGAUGGUGCAGAAAGUGAUUCAAGUUCUGAUCUGUUUGAAUUGCAAAACUAUGAUUUGUGUCACAAUUCAAGUGGUUUACCUGUCUAUGAAACUACCAACAUGGAUAAUAUCAAGAGAGGAUCAACCAUUUCCAAUGUCUCUCAUUGAUUUUUUGCCCUUAGAAACCGGGAAUCAAACAGCUGCAUAGACUAAUUCUUCAAGACAGGGCGGACCACAGGAGACGAUAAAGAUCUCCUUCAAGAAAUUUAACACUGCGUACACAGGAUUGAACUCGAACCAGGACAAUGUUUUUCAUUGAUGAUGAUAUUAUAAAUAAUUAAUUUAUAGUUUUUUAAUUUGUUCAUGUUGAAUUGGUAAGUUAAUUAGAAACUAUGAAAAGGAAAAUCUCAUAGAUUUUACUUGUUUUGAUUUGUUUUGUUUCUUUCGAUACCUUUUUUUCUUCUAUGCUUGUACAGUUU